GAAUUGGAGCAGAACUCAAGUAAACUAAAAAGUCAGCAAUUUUGAUUCAAGUUUUUCAGUAUUUUUUAACCUCGAAAAGAAACAGGGUCCUUUUCUUUCCUUAUUCACACGGAUCUGGAUUGUACAUAAAUUUGGAAUCUCGUGAAGGUGUGCCAUUGAAGUCACCAUACAGGAUUCUGUUCAAUUUGAAAUAGACUAAUUGACAGGAAGAAAGAAAUGCAAAAACUUACUUUUUAGAAUUUGUCCUUUCCGCAUCAAAGUUUCCUGCAUUCAUACACAUUUCUCUCUGUCUUUGCAUCACCCCGAUUUGUUCUCUACCCUGUUUUCCUAAUUUUAUAAAGAACAUUUUGUAUCAUCAUCUUGGCUGUUGAGUGAAAAUAAUUAUCAUCAACAACAGCGCUUUUUGCCUCAUAGUCGCAUUGUGUUACUUGAAUCGUUUGACGCAAUAAACAAAUAUUCAAUUCACGGUAAGUCCUUUCCUUCCCUUCAAAAAGGAUCUAUAUUUUUCCUUGCAUGCCGAAUGCUACGAAAUGCCAACUUUGCGAAACAAGGCCGCCUUCCAUUUGUGAACAAUGCCUGUGUAGAGAUUUGACGAGUUUUCUUACGGUGAGGGAUCAGCAUCAGAAAGAGGUUAUCUUCCGCGUGGAACAUAUACAGAAGCAGCAAGGAAAAAAUAUUUUGUAUCGAAAGCGCUUUUCUGAAAAAGAAGUACUUUUGGAUAAAUUAGACAGGUUAUGCCACAUUCGAGAAGAUAAAUUGUCUGCUCUUUCCGCCCUUCAACAAAAAAUUGACGAUAUGGAACAAAAUAUCAAGGAAAGGCGAGAGACAUUGGAGCUUAACAAUAAAAGCCUUAACGACUGUUCCAUACGCAACCGUGAUAUACGCGCCGAGAGUUAUAUACGUUCUCUUCGGGAUUCUGAAAUUUUGCAAUUGAAGCUUACUGAACUCCAACAAUCCCUAAUUCGAAAGGUUCUCGAGAUGUACCAGCUUCACUGGCGUAGGGACGUUCGUUUAAUGUCUAUUGGGGAAGGUCGUAAAUAUUUUUCCGAAAACGAGGGUGAAGUUGAUUCCAUGGAUGCCAGUUUAGCCUAUCAAUUUUCCAAGCUGAACAUGGGUGUGUCAGGAUUCGCGUCUGAUUACGAGGAAAACGUACAGCGUCGAAACCAAGCUUUCUUAGAGCAAGCCAUUCAAUUGAAUGAUUCUGUUACGAUAUCCGGUGUUGAUGUAUGUACAAAGAACAAAGAAAAGGUGUUUUUAAAUCCUGAAUCUGCAUUACCCUUGUCAUUUAUUUGCGUUUUCUUAGCUCAGUAUUUGAACGUCACCCUUCCUUGCCCUAUUCAAUUACCCUCGCCAGAUCAAAAAGCACUUCCAGUUUACUCCAAUGACCAGAUGCUAUAUAUUAUGUACAACGUUGGAUGGCUUGCGUCAAUUACGGGCACAUUCAUUAUUCCUAAAGGAAUGUCUCAAUUACAACAAAUGGAACUUCUUCAGUGUACAGGGUUUUGGCUUGUUCAGUUACAAUCUAAAUGCAUAGAAGCUAAAAAUUAUGUCUGUUGUCCUCAGCUACAAAUGGAUUUUGUUACGUUUUAUCGUUUAUCCUGUGCUCAUAAUCCAUAUGCUUUUAAUUACGGCCAUACAAGAUCGAAAUCUUCAAAAGCAUUCCAGUUAAUUUCAUGAGGAAUUAAUAAUGUCUAUAUUUAUUAAAAGCUUUGGUUUUUUCUUUAAUUAUUCUUCCUGAAGUUUCUUCAUAGAAGACCGCUAAUGUAUGUCUUAGUCAUGAUUCACGCUUUCUAGCUUUCCUUUUUUUUUUUUUUUUUUUUUUCUCUCAAUGAUAAUUAUUUCAUAUAAACGUAUAUUAUUAUUCAAUUUUGUCUUGUUUAUAUCUUCAUAAAAUGUCAGUUAUUCGCAACUAAGAAAGACCAGGAAGCCUAAUUUGU